UAGUUUUGUUUGCUUGAAGAGAGUAAGAGAGAGAGUGAGGAAGUAUAGAUAGAGGAUUUUGGACGGCAGAGAUGGAUCGGGAGGGAGGAUCCCACGGAGGAUCUUGUUAUUACUCCGUUCUUGGGAUUCGUAAGAACGCCUCCUUCUCUGAUAUCCGCAUUGCUUAUCGUAAGCUCGCUCUGAAAUGGCAUCCGGACAAAUACGCCAGAAAUCCGGUCGUCGCCGGCGAAGCCAAAAGCCGGUUUCAGCAGAUCCAAGAAGCUUAUUCUGCUAACAUUCUCUCCGACGAAUCUAAGAGAUCAAUGUAUGACGCCGGUCUCUACAAUCCCAUAGAAGAAGAUGAUGAAGACUUCUGUGAUUUUAUGCAAGAGAUGAUCUCGAUGAUGAUCAAUGUGAAAGAUGAGGAGGACAGUUUUGAGGAUUUGCAAAGGAUGUUCGCCGAUAUAGUUGGCGGAGAUGGCAGGAGCUUCGACGUUAACAAUGAUCCAACGGAGACGAAGAGAGCACGUGUCACUUCAUCUAAAGGUAAUGCAGCGAAACGGAGCUGUUCUCGCCGAUGACUAGCUCUACACCCCCUAUUUA